GAAUUUUAUAAACGCUUCUCAAACCCCAUAGGAUUGCCCAUCAUGCCUCAAAAUGAGUACAUGGAAAGGUGGAAGAAGCUGCAUGGUCGCCGCCUCGACCACGAAGAGAGAGCAAGAAAGAAGGCGGCUCGAGAAGGUCAUAAGGCUUCUGAGGAUGCGCAAAAGCUUACGGGUCUCCGAGCGAAAUUGUACCAGAAGAAGAGACAUCAUGAGAAGAUACAGAUGAAGAAGCAGAUCAAGGCCCAUGAAGAGCGAAACGUCAAAUCAUCUGCACCAGCAGAACCUUCAAGCACGCCUCUGCCUCAAUAUCUCCUCGAUCGAUCGAAUCCUACAAACGCAAAAGCUCUGUCGAGUGCUAUCAAGAACAAGCGCAAUGAGAAGGCGGCCAAAUUUUCGGUUCCAUUGCCAAAGGUCCGAGGCAUUGCGGAGGAGGAGAUGUUUAAGGUGGUGAAGACCGGAAAGAAGACAGCGAAGAAGGGAUGGAAAAGAAUGAUCACCAAGCCAACAUUCGUGGGACCAGACUUCACACGACGACCUGUCAAAUACGAACGAUUCAUUAGACCUAUGGGACUUCGCUAUAAGAAGGCAAAUGUGACGCACCCAGAACUAGGUGUAACCGUACAGUUGCCGAUCAUCUCAGUCAAAAAGAACCCCCAGAAUCCGAUGUAUACGCAACUUGGUGUCCUCACAAAAGGUACCAUUAUCGAAGUCAAUGUCUCGGAACUUGGACUGGUUACUGCUGGUGGUAAAGUAGUCUGGGUAAGUCAUGUUUGCUUUAUGUUCAAGAUUCAACCACUCCCAAAGUUUAAUUUAGAAGAUUAAGAGAGCUCCGAAACCAGAGAUCUGCUUGGCAUUAGACCGGCCCAAGUCUGCUUGUAAAUACGUUCUUGAUACUAAUACUACGUAGGGACGGUGGGCCCAGAUCACAAAUAACUGUGAAAAUGACGGCUGCGUGAAUUGGUAAGUUUCCUGUGUCCUGUCACCCAGGAGAAUCUAAUCUUUCAU